AUGGAUCAUGACGAGUCGAGCAAUGAGCAGCCCCCGAACGGCAGCUCCUCGCAGUACAGGGGAGUGAGGAAGAGGAAGUGGGGCAAGUGGGUGUCGGAGAUCCGGCAGCCGGGCACCAAGACCCGCAUCUGGCUCGGCAGCUUCGAGUCGGCGGAGAUGGCGGCGGUGGCGCACGACGUGGCGGCGCUGCGGCUGCGCGGGCGGGACGCGCAGCUCAACUUCCCGGGCUCGGUGGACCGGCUGCCCCGCCCGGCCAGCUCGCACCCGGAGGACGUCCGCGCCGCGGCGGCGGAGGCGGCCGAGCUGGUGCGCUGCGAACCGGCGCUCGUGGUGGAGGAGGCGCGGCGCGCGUCGAGCCGACUCCGGGUGGAGGAGCUGGUGGCGGGCGGGAGGGGGAGCGACGAGGAGUUCGAGGUGGACUCGCCCAGGCUGUGGGCCGAGAUGGCGGAGGCCAUGCUGCUGGACCCGCCGGCGUGGGCCACGGCCGCCGGCGACAUGGACCAGGCUGCGAACUGCUGGUCGCACGGGUCUCUCUGGGACGCCUACUAG